AGUAAGACACAGUCAUGGUCAUAAUUGGAGGGAAAGUGCACGGAUGUUAGCUAACCGCUUUCUCUUUAAAAAAAUUUUUACUGUCGAACACUUUCACCCGAAUACAAUUUUUGUAACACACACUGCCCCAAGGAGUCCAGUCAGCUUUUAAUCUUCCAGUUAACGCUGUGCGAGGAGCUCGAACGUUCUUUCAUCUUCUACGUGCGUACGUAACCAGUUUCUUUUAUUUAUCUUCGGCCAAGUGAUUUUGAAUUUUGGUGUUCCGCCUAUCACGACACGCUCCUUGUCGUGGCCUUUGUGCGCAGCAGCAAGCAAACCUUCUAGUUCCACCCAGUCAUCGAGUCAAUUACUGAACGAUUGAAAUCCGAGAUAGCUUGACUUAGUAAACGGGAAAUGACCGCGUAAAAACCCAUCAGACCGCCGAGGAAACGAAUGACAGCCAACUGCUACCAACGAUUUGAUUCCAGUCGACAACUAGACCCCGAAGCUGACGCUACAGAAUUUCUUUGUGAAACACUCAAUUCAUAAGUUAUUUGUACGAAGCUAUUGCAAACAAACGAUAUGGUGAUGAGUCAGUGCUUUCAGCGACGUUGGGUUACGUUCUUUGCUAUCGUUUUUGUUUUAACGUGCUACUCCGAGAUUGUUGAGGGGCAGCAAAACUGGUUCAAACCAGCUGCGACAACGAGAAGACCAAUAGCAACAGCAAUCACCAGCAGCAAGACCAAAAGGUUUCCUGAAGCCAGAAAACCGGCAGCGGUCGUCUUUCCAGAAGAUGGACAAGGUGCUGAAAUUCCAGCUAACAAGAUGCAUCAAGAGAUCCCCUUAAGUUUGUUGAACCAGUUGAACGAAGCAACAGACUGGACUGAAUUCCUCAAAUACGUCGACAACGUAACAGUUAUUGAAGGCGAUGGUGACACUCCUUACGUUUACGGAUGGGAUGUUGACGGGCGCACAAAGGAUCCAAAUGGAGCAGAAAGAGAUGCUAGUGUUCCAGCAAAAGCAGCCCACUGCAUCCCAGAGUUGCAAACCGUACCGUUGUUACCCAACUCGGAUUCUUCGGUUCUCUUCUAUCCGACGUGCACACGAGUCGAACGAUGUGGCGGAUGUUGCAGUUCAGACCUUCUCGUCUGCGAGCCCAUCAAAACUGAGAUCGUACAUUUCCAGGUGCUCAAGACUCAGUAUGCAGGUGGCAGUCGGAUGAAGUUUGCCGGAAAAGAAUCCGUGCCUGUCGAGAAACAUACGGCCUGCAAAUGUCAGUGCAAAGUCAAAGAAUCGCACUGCACGGUUAAUCAGGAAUACGUGCCGGGAGCUUGUCGUUGUGAGUGUUCCAAUAUCGACGACCGUCGUAAAUGCGAAUCAGAUAACCAAACUAGGUAUUGGGAUUCAAGGAAUUGCAUUUGCAGAUGCCGUGACAAUGGAGUCAACUCCCAGUGCUCGACGGGAUUCUAUUUUAACGAAGACGUUUGCAAAUGCACACCGUGGGUGUUUCAACGGAGAGACUUCGAUUUGGGUAUUGACUUUGAAGAAGAAGAUAGUCGUCAACCUGUCGUCAUUCCCCAAUACAACGAUAUUCCAGUUAACCGUCGGCCAGUGGUACCACCACGACCAAUCUACAAAGAAGAAGAUAAUUACAAAGAAGAAGAAAAGAAAUCAAGACCUGUUGAGCGAUUUCAGUUUGCCAAUAACUGGAAUCUUCAGAACAGUAGGCCACGUCAACCCUAACGGAAAUUAUGGCUGCAUUAUUACUACAUUACUAAAAUAUUAUGCUUUUGUGUUGUACUCCACAUUUUAUUUGCGUUGCUGCGUUUGUUGAUGGAACGGCGAUGAAUUGUUUUACAUACCAUUUCGAUAUUUUA